AGCAGCACUCAGUAUUAUACAAUUCUCAGUCAUCUCUACCCACCAGGAGGUUAUUGGUCAAAAGAAACUUUUUAAAGCCAGGUUUACUCUGAUCUGUGUUGGAAAGGUCAAUGAGAAUAUCAGUGGACUGCAACUGACAUUAAAUGUUUCACACUGCCACAAGGAAGAGAUGGUUGUCUUGAAGUGGCAUAUUUCACAGAAGUGAAAGAAUGCAGAUGGAAUGAAAAACAACUUCUUUUCUGAGAACAAAUGCUCAUCAUGCUCAAAUAAGCAACACAAACUCUCAGAGAGAAGCCCGGUUAGUACACUCCACUUUCUCACUGAAAUGGCAGGCAUCAGUAUUAGGACAUCAGGAAAGGACCAGGCCAGCUGUCCAGUCUGUGAAGAUGUACUGAAGAAUCCAGUGACUUGUAACUGUGGACAGAGCUUCUGUUCGGCAUGUGUCCUCAGUCCAAAGGGAUCCCACAGCUGUCCUCGAUGCGGAGAGAAGUUCACUCCAAAACCUGUUCCACGCACAUCCAUCACGGUUGAUGAUCUGUUAGAGAGAAUAAAAAAAGUGGAGCUACCUUCUUCGAGCCAUUCUUCGGAUCCCAGCUAUGCUGGACCUGGAGAUGUACAGUGUGACGAAUGCACUGGAAGAAAACGCAAAGCUGUCAAGACUUGUUUAAUGUGCCUUGCUUCUUUCUGUGAAAGUCACCUGUUACCUCACACCACAGUGCCCUAUCUGAAGAAACACAAGCUGAUUGAAGCCUCCCCAUACCUGGAGGAAAACAACUGUUCACAACACAACAAACUCAAUGAAUUCUAUUGUCGCACAGAUCAGAAAUGUAUCUGUGCUUUGUGCGCGUUAAAUGAACACAAGGGGCAUGAUACGGUUGAAGCUGAAACAGAAAGAACCGGAAAACAGAUUGAGAUUGCAGAAAAGCAAAGGGAAGUACAGCAAAGAAUCAAGGACAAACAAAAAGAGCUGGAUGAGCUGAAACAGUCUUUGGAUACACUAAAGGUAAGAACAACCGCUGCAGGAACAAACAUGAGUAAAUGAAUGGAUAAGGUAGAUAAACACAUUAGAAAAUAAUCUGUACAGUUAUAUGAACUAUUCUGACUAUUACGUGACCUGUUGACCUGCUAAAAAAGUAGCAGUGAGCAAAAUAAAGAGUUUCAUUCAUGGUUUUACCCUUAAAUGCCUACCUCAGGUCUUUAGCAACCCGUGACGCCAUUCACUACCCUCUCCCUCCUUCAUUUUUUAAAGUUUAACUUUCUUAG